CGAAGUUCUCUUUUGAAGACUGACGCCGAACUGGAGACGAAGUGAGGGCUAUGAGGAUUCCAUCAAAGCUUUCAAUCUCUCAAUCUUGCUUUCCAUCCGACCUCUUCUGAUAAGUUUUCAAUCUCUCAAUCUUGGUUUCAAUCUUUCAUACGUUUGUAAUUUCUUGUUGAGAUUAGGAAGCUUGAAUUGCUUGUUGGGUUUUAUCAUUUGAUCGACGUAGGCUAGCUUAUGUUUUGAUAACUUAUCAGUGAUAAGACGCAGUUCCACACUACCUUUGGUUGAUUCAAUUUAAUUGCAGAAAUUAAACAUUUUUAAUCUUUAGUUGAUUCAUACUUUGAAUUGAUUAUAGAUGACUGAUUCGUCUACUACCUCCCAUGUGGCUGCGAGUGAAGCAGUGGGUGAGGAUGAAGCUGUAGGGGAUAGCAAGGGUUCUCCUUUGUGGAAAUAUGUAACAAUUACCCGUGAAGCUAAGAAGGGACAAGGUGGAAAUUGUGAGUUCCAAUGUAGUUUUUGUAAAAUAAAGUUUAAUGGGUCACAUUAUAGAGUGAAACAUCAUCUUCUUCAAAUAAUUGGCAAAGGGGUUAGAAAGUGUGAGAAGAUUCCGCCUCCUAAGAAAAGGGAGCUUAUGGCUUUGAUGGAAUCAUAUGAGUUAAGUAAGAAAAUGGCCGGACCUAGACUAGUUCCUCUCCCUUCAUCUAGCAAGGAUCCUUCUUCGUCUGGAAGUACAUUUGGAUUUGGGCAAGAUUUGCUUGAUGAUAUAGUGGUAGACACUUCUAAGAAGAGGAAGGAAGUGGGUGGAUCACUUGAGAAAUCGUUCAAUAAUGGUGCUAGAGAGCAAUUGGAUGGUGAAAUAGCAAGGAUGUUUUAUACAGGCGGCUUGUCUUUUAAUCUCGCCAAGAAUCCUCACUACAUCCGUGCAUUCAACCGGGCAUGUGCUUAUCCAAUUGCCGGUUACCGUCCACCUAAUUACAAUGCAUUGCGGACAACUCUUCUAGAAAAAGAAAGAAACCACAUUGAGAGGUUGUUGGAACCAAUUAAGCUCACAUGGAAGCAAAAGGGGGUUAGUGUGUGUAGUGAUGGGUGGUCCGACACUCAAAGAAGACCACUUAUCAAUGUCAUGGCAGCUUGUGAGAGUGGACCUAUGUUCUUGAGGGCAGAAAAUUGUGAAGGAGAAUCCAAAGACAAGCACUUUAUUUCAGACUUGCUUAUUGAGAGUAUCUUGGAGAUUGGUCCAACACAUGUAGUCCAGGUAAUCACUGAUAAUGCAAGCAAUUGUAAGGCUGCAGGAGCUAUUAUUAAUGCUAGAUUUCCACAUAUAUUUUGGACUCCAUGUGUGGUGCAUACACUUAACCUUGCUUUAAAGAACAUAUGCGCACCUAGCUCAAUCCCUACUAAGAGGGCAGCUUAUGAUGAAUGUCAUUGGAUUAGUGAAAUUGCCGAUGAUGUGUAUUUUGUUAAGAAUUUCAUCAUGAACCAUGGUAUGAGGUUGGCUAUGUUCAAUCAACAUUCUGAAUUGAAGAUGUUAUCGGUUGCUGAGACACGUUUUGCAUCUGCUGUUGUAAUGCUUAAGAGGUUUAAGAAGAUUAAGCAAAGUCUACAACGCAUGAUGAUUAGUGAUGAAUGGGAUACUUAUAAGGAUGAUGAUGUGGGAAAAGCAAGGGCGGUGAGUGAUUACAUUUUAAGUAAUGAAUGGUGGAGGAAAAUUGACUAUAUCAUUUCCUUUACAUUACCUAUAUAUACAAUGCUUAGAAGGUGUGACACAGAUAAGCCAUGUCUUCAUAAGGUAUAUGAGUGGUGGGAUACCAUGUUUGAAGAAGUGAAGGUAGCUAUCUAUAUUAACGAAUGCAAGGAAUAUGAAGAGGAGUCUCCAUUUUACAAUGUGGUGUAUUCCAUUUUGCUUUCAAGAUGGACCAAAAGCUCCACACCUCUUCAUUGCAUGGCACACUCAUUAAACCCAAGAUAUUAUAGCACUGAAUAUCUUAGUGGAGCUCCUAAUCGUACUCCUCCUCAUCAAGAUAGUGAGAUUGCAAAAGAGAGAAAAGAAUGUCUCAAGAAGUACUAUGCUAAUGAAGAUCAGAUGAGGCUGGUUAAUGAGGAGUUUGCCUCUUUUUCGGCAUGCUUGGAUGAGUUUGCAAAUAGUGAUUCCAUGAGUGAUAGAGGUAAGAUGGACCCUAUGAAAUGGUGGAUUGUUCAUGGUUCUACUACACCAAAUCUCCAAAAGAUAGCCUUAAAAUUACUAGGGCAACCUUGCUCCUCUUCAUGUUGUGAGAGGAAUUGGAGCACCUACACGUUUAUACACUCAUUGAGGAGGAAUAGGAUUACACCUCAAAGAGCCGAAGACUUGGUUUUUGUUCAUAACAAUCUUCGGCUCCUUUCAACAAGAACUCCACAAUACAAGAGUGGGGAUAUGUGGGAUAUUGGAGGAGAUGUGUAUGAUACAAUGUUUAAUGUGAAUGGAGGCAUGCUUGAGAUUGCAAACCUCUCUCUUGAUGAACCGGACUUAGAGGGUGUGAUAUUUGACAAUGAGGAUGAAGAUGAUUGAAGAGAGGAAGACAUCACAUUUUAUUUAUCAUGUUUA